AUGCUGAUUUACAGAAUUUUAGGUGGUCUUCACCUUUCGUCCAUAGAACCUAUCAAUAAAGAAGUUGAUUUAAAAUCUGAAUAUGGAAUCACUCAUAUUUUAUCUAUUGUACCUGGACCUAUGAACGAUUCAUAUUUGAAGGAUUAUACUUGGAAGCAAAUUGAAGUUACUGAUGAAGAAUCAACUAACUUGGUUCCUUACUUUAAAGAGAGUUAUGAAUUCAUUAAUUCAGCGUUAUUUAAAGAUCCUAAUGAUAAAAAACAUCAAGGAAAUAUCUUAGUUCAUUGUUCUCAAGGUGUAUCUAGAUCAGUUUCAUUUAUAAUUGCCUAUUUGAUGGAAAAAUACAAUUUAACAUUUGAUCAAGCUUUACAUGCAGUUAAAAGGAAGUCCCCAGAUGCUGAACCAAAUCAAGGAUUUAUGGAACAAUUAAAGUUAUAUAAAGAAAUGGGAUUUAAAAUUGAUGAAAAUAAUACAGAUUAUCAAUCCCUUCUAAAGAAAAUAUCAUUGAAUCAAGACCCAUCGGGUGAACAAUUGAGAGAACUUAUGAUGUCUAAAACAGAAUCAAAUGAAUCAAAAGAAAAUUCAAUUGCAAGUUCAUUUGAACUUCGAUGUAAGAGAUGUCGUCAAGCUCUAGCUAAUGACACUCAUAUUGAACAACAUGAAGUUCCAGGGUUAGAGUCUCGUCAAUCACAAUUCAUUAAGACUGCUCCAAAUUCUAGAAGAAUUAUAUCUGCUGAAAAGGCCAGUAACGUUUGUUCUCAUUAUUUCUUAAAAGAACCUGUUCGUUGGAUGAAAGAAGAAUUAGAUAAAUCUGAAAUUGAAGGUAAAUUUCAAUGUCCGAAGUGUUCUUCCAAAGUCGGUGGUUAUAGUUGGAGAGGUUCCAGAUGUUCCUGUGGUAAAUGGAUGACACCAGCUAUACAUUUGCAAGAUGCUAAAGUAGACUGUAUAAAAAGAAACUAUAAUUAA